UUCAUUUUCGCCUCUACUUUCAGCACCUCAUCUCAUCUCUCACCUCGCUGUUCUCUCUCUCUCUCUCUGUGUAUCGCCGCCGAUCUUGGCAGAUACGCAACUCCACCACCUACAGCUGUUCGGAUCCAGCGUCGCCACCACGACCACCACCUCUGUCGGCAAGUUGGUUCUCUGUUCUUGUCUUUUUUUUUUUUUAGGUCUUGAAUUACAGUUAAUUUAUUGAUUUUGAUUAGUAUUUCUGUUCAUGACGGUGUGUUAUCGAACUUAGAUUGCUCUUUGCUAAUGGAAAUUAGAGAUUGUGGUUGUUGUUAUGAUGUUGGUGAGCCAAUCACUCGUUAAUUUAAGGGUUUAAUUUGGGCAUGUGGUUUGCCCUUCUUUGGACUCAUGGUUGUGUCGGUGGGCUGUUUUUGGAUUUCUGGGGGCCUUUUUAAGCUUAUUAGAAGGCGUUUGGCUGGUUCACUUUUUCGUGAAUUUAGGUUACUAGUGAUUAUUUAAGGCUUGUUAUUGUACAGCUUCAUCUUUGUGCUCUCUUGGGGUUGUUGUUGGAUUCGGUGUCUUUGUUCUGUGGAAUUGGAAUCUGGGAUUUAAAAAAAAAAAAAAAAUUAUAAAAAUUUUACGUUUUGAGUUUCUGAUUUUUGACUAAUGGAGGCUCAAUUUGGAGGAAAGGCUUAUCAUUUGUAUGGUCCGGUGAUUCCGAAUUUGAAGGCAGUUGGGAAGAAGAGUAUGGAAUGGGAUUUAAAUGAUUGGAAAUGGGACGGGGAUCUGUUGACUGCUGCUCCACUUAAUUCUGUACCAUCGGAUUGCCGGAGUAGGCAGUUAUUCCCGGUUGUGUCUGAAAUUCCAAUUAAUACCGCUUUGUCAAAAAGUUCAUCAUCUUGUUCGGAAGAAACCAAUUUGGGAAAUGAGAAAGGGAAGCGAGCAUUGGAGAAACGGAGGAGGGUGGUUGUUGUUGAGGAUGAAGAGUUUAAUGAUGGAGCUGGGUCCCUUAAUUUGAAGCUUGGUGGGCAAGUGUACCCUAUCACAGAAGCCGAGAUGGAAAAAUCUGUGGGAAAGUGUGGGAAGAAGAGCAAAGUGGUUGCAUCUACCUCGAACCGUGCAGUAUGUCAAGUGGAGGAUUGUCAAGUUGAUUUGACUAAUGCCAAAGAUUAUCACCGACGACACAAGGUUUGUGAUAUGCAUUCCAAGGCCACUAGAGCAUUGGUGGGAAAUGUUAUGCAGCGGUUCUGUCAGCAGUGUAGCAGGUUUCAUGUUCUUCAAGAGUUCGAUGAAGGAAAGAGAAGUUGUCGCAGGCGUUUGGCAGGCCAUAAUAAACGUAGAAGAAAGACACACCCGGAAAAUGUGGUUAGUGGAGGUUCCUUGAAUGAUGAGCAUGGUAGUAGUUAUUUGCUCAUUAGUCUGCUGAGGAUUCUCUCUAAUAUGCACACUAAUAGCUCAGAUCAAACGAAGGAUCAGGAUCUGCUAUCCCAUCUGUUGAGUAACCUUUCUAGUCUUGCUGGCUCAAUUAAUGGGACAAACUUAUCUGGAUUAUUGCCUGGUUCUCAAGAUUCACAUAAUGCUGCGACAUGUCUUCCAACUCCAGAAAAGGAUCCUCUGAGGCCUAAUGGACAAUGUGCGACUGUAUCUGCAUUUGAAGGGACAGAGAAGAGAACUUCCGCAAACAAUACACAGGAUGGACUGCUUCCAACUCCAUAUGCAAUUCCAUGUCCUAUGAGAGACGGCAUUCCAGCCAAAGCAAGUGUCCCGGAAAAUGGAAUGGGACGGAUAAAAUUGAAUGACAUAGACUUGAAUACUGUUUACGAUGAUUCUCAAGACUGCGCAGAAAACCUGGAGGGUUAUCAUGCUCCUGUAAAUCUGGGGAUUGGCUCUCUUGAUUGCACUCUAUGGGUUCCUCAUGGCAGUCAGAAGUCCAGCCCUCCUCAGAUGAGUGGGAUUUCCGGCUCCACAUCCACCCAGUCACCAUCUAGUUCCAGUGGGGAGGCUCAGAGUCGCACAGAUCGAAUUGUUUUUAAACUCUUUGGAAAAGAUCCAAGUGAUUUCCCUCUUGUACUGCGGAAACAGAUACUUGACUGGUUGUCUCACAGUCCUACUGAAAUUGAAAGCUACAUAAGACCUGGCUGUAUCAUAUUAACGAUCUAUCUUCGAUUAGGGAAAUCCACAUGGGAGGAGCUUUACUGUGAUCUGAGCUCCAGUUUGACUAGGCUUCUUGAUGCAUCAAUUGAUUCUUUCUGGAGAACAGGGUGGGUGUAUACUAGGGUGCAGCAACGUGCAGCAUUUAUAUAUGAUGGUCAGAUUGUUUUGGACACACUGUUACCUCUUAAAUGCCAUAAAAAUCGCAGUAUCUUGAGUAUCAAACCGAUUGCUGUUUCUUUCUCUGAGAGAGCUCAGUUCUUAGUUAGAGGCUUCAACCUGUCCCGGUCUAAUACAAGGUUACUAUGUGCACUAGAAGGGAAGUAUCUGGUGCAGGAAAGUUGUUCCGACGUGAUGGAGGUAGGUGAUACAUUUGUUGAUGGUGAUGAGAUCCAGUGCCUUAGCUUUUCUUGCUCUAUACCAAAUGUCACUGGGAGAGGAUUUAUUGAGGUUGAGGACCAGAGUCUCAGCAACAGCUUCUUUCCAUUUAUAGUCACAGAACAGGAUGUUUGCUCUGAGAUCUGUACUCUUGAGAGUGCAAUAGAGGUGGCUGAGAUUGCUGAUGACAUUCAUGCAGAAUCUGAAAUGAUAAAAGCCAGGAAUAAUGCAAUGGACUUCAUACACGAAAUGGGUUGGCUUCUUCACAGAAGUCAGUUGAAGUUCAGAUUGGAUCACAUGGAUCCCAAUUUGGAUCUAUUUUCUUUCAAACGGUUCAGGUGGCUAAUGGAGUUCUCCAUUGAGCAUGACUGGUGUGCUGUAGUGAAGAAACUUUUGGGCUUUGCGUUUAAUGGUACCGUGGAUGCAGGAGAACAUUCUUCCAUUGAACUUGCAUUGCUUGACAUGAGCCUCCUUCACAGAGCUGUGCGGAGAAAUUGCAGAUCUAUGGUGGAAGUCCUUUUGAGAUACAUCCCAGAUGGAGUUAUCGAUAAACCAGGCUCUGAACAGAAGCAGCAUGUUAAUGUAUUUAGACCAGAUGCCAUCGGCCCUGGGGGUUUGACUCCUCUUCACAUAGCUGCUGGUAUUGAUGGCUCAGAGAGUGUGUUGGAUGCUUUAACCGAUGAUCCUGGAUCGGUGGGAAUUGAAGCAUGGAAGGGUGCCCGUGACAGUAUGGGAAUGACACCAAAUGAUUAUGCAUGCCUGCGAGGUUACCAUUCCUACAUUCAUCUGGUCCAGAUGAAAAUCAACAGGAAGAAAUCAGGAAAUGGGCAUGUAGUGCUUGAGAUCCCUGGUGCACUCUUAGAAUCCAACAUCAAGCAGAAACUGAUGGAUGUGCAUAAGUCCUUGAAAGUUGCUAGCUUUCACACCGAGAAGAAUGAAAUGAAGCCAAUUCAGCGAGAUUGCAGGCUAUGUCAACAGAAGAUGCCAUAUGGCAGUUACAGAACAUCACUGGCUACCUACAGACCAGCAAUGCUUUCAAUGGUGGCUAUUGCUGCUGUCUGUGUAUGUGUGGCUCUUCUCUUCAAAAGCUCACCUGAAGUUGAUUAUGUUUUCGAGCCCUUCAUAUGGGAACGUUUGAAGUACGGAUCAAGCUAAGAUAGAGAAUAGGUAGUAGUUUCCUCGAUUAUUGACGACAAUAUAUAUUUUUUUAAAUUCAUGUUCAUGAGAUAAAAUGUAGCAUGUACGGAUGAUCUGUAUGGUUCUAGAUUUCGGAAGGAAAUACUAUGUAAAUUUAUGUACUGAGUUCAUUUUUAAUUACAAGAAAAUGUCAAUUAUGUAAAA